CCCCUUCCCCCUUCCCCCAUCCUUGUCACCCUGAUCUACUGCUUGCCGUUAGCCCGCAGCGGUUUCAAAAAUACAAAGUACCAAAACAAAAAAGAGUGAAGAAAGAGACUGAACGACCCCUCUUCUCAGACGCUGUCUCUGACCUUGCAAUAGCCGAGCGAUCACCACCAACUCCCUCCCAGAAUGUUGCGUCCAGCAUCAAUGCUAUUGGCCCGUCGACCCAUUUUGGCAGCAAGGGCUCGAUCGUUCUCCACUGAUCUGCCAGCGGCUCCCUUUGCGGAUGCCACGUUUACGGAGGCGUGUUCUAAAGUGAUCCCCAAUAUGGAACCUCCUAAAACUCCUCUCUCUUUCAUGCAACCUCAUCCUCCCACUCCUUCCUCCAUUCCUUCCAAACUCACUGUCCAUUUCGUCCUUCCUUAUGCUUCUGAGUUGGCCACCAUAGAGGUUCCAACACCAAAGGCCACUAAGAAAUCUCCUAAUAUUCUCAAAAUGUAAUUCUAGCGAUAUCUAUCCCUUCCUUUUAAACAGGUCACUCAAGUGACAAAGUUAAUUGUUGAAGGUUUUUUUGCAUAAAUACACUUUUUAUUUUUAAGGGGAAAGGGGUAAGAGAUUAAUUCAGAGAUCAAACUUGAGACCAAUGUCAACUGAAGACUUGAUAUUAAAUCCUUUGUCACUCCACUAGUGUUUAUUUAUGUUCUACUCUUUGUGUUUUGGUAUGGGUUUGCCUAUGAAAAUUGAAAUAAGAAUGCAACUUUUCA